GGACAUGAGAUGAGAAAAGAAGGUGGAAUGAGUACUGUGGCUAGUGUCGAUUCAGAUGGGUUGUUGAAAUUCCUUGGUAGUGAUCUCCAUCGGUGGUCGUUGAAUUCAAUUUCAGACAAUGUUCCAAGGACGAUGAUUGUCCAGGCGAUAAAGGAAAAGAGAUGGGAGGAAG